AUGGUAGUGCAGGACCUAGUGAGGCACUAUGGUAGGAAAGGAGUGAAACCUAGUUGUCUGAUGAAGAUAGACUUGCAGAAAGCCUAUGAUACUGUGGAUUGGCAGUUUCUGAGAGAAAUGAUGGAAUGCUUGGAGUUUCCAGUGCAGUUUUUUAAUAUAGUAAUGGAAUGUGUCACUACACCUAUGUUUUCUUUGAUGAUCAAUGGCUUAAUGCAUGGUUUUUUCAAAUCCCAGAGAGGUUUGAGACAGGGUGAUCCCAUUCCCCCUCUUCUUUUUGUUAUCUGCAUGGAAUAUUUGUCAAGGAUAUUGCAGAAGAUGAGUGCCUUGUCACAGUUUCAGUUCCAUCCUAGAUGCAAAGAGGUUAGGCUCACACACUUAUGCUUUGCUGAUGACUUGAUUCUGUGUUGCAAAGGUGAAUAUCCUUCAAUUUAUCUGCUCUUGCAAGCUUUUAAGUUGUUUUCUAACUCUUCUGGUUUGAAAGCUAAUCAUCAGAAAUCAUCCAUAUAUUGUCAUGGAAUGUCUGAUGGUGAUGUUCAGAGGGUGGUGGAUGCUUCUGGUUUUGUCAGAAGCACCUUACCAUUUAAAUAUCUGGGAGUUCCCAUCUGUUCCAAAAAGAUAUAUGCAGCUCAGUGUGGAGUUUUGGUGGAUAAGAUGACUGCUAGGAUUAAAGUAUGGAGUUCUAGGAAUCUUUCCUACACAGCUAGAAUGCAGUUAGUUAAUUCUGUCUUGCUUAGCUUGCAUAUUUACUGGACUCAGAUAUAUGUGCUCCCAAAGAGUGUUCUUCAAGAUAUUGUGAAGAUUUGCAGGGCUUUCCUUUGGAGUGGCCAUGCUUACAGUAGUAAACCAAGCAGCAUUGCCUGGGAAAGAAUUUGUUGUGACAAGCAGAGUGGUGGAUUGGGAUUUAGAGAUGUCCUGUUAUGGAAUAUUGCUAGUAUAGGCAAAUAUGUUUGGGCUUUGGCCACUAAACAGGACAAUGUCUGGAUUAAGUGGGUUACCUCAGUUUACCUAAAGGGUGGGGAAUGGUGGGAUUAUCAGCCUAACAAUACAGCUAGCUGGUAUUGGAAACAGGUAUGCAGUACUAAAGAGAAGCUCAAACUGGUGUUUACUGAAGCAGAAAUUGGUGCAAUGUCUAAAUAUUCUGUGAAGCAAGUCUAUAACAAGCUGGCAGGCAAUAGACCUAAGGUCCAUUGGGACAGAUUGGUGUGGAAUAGGCUUAAUACCCCAAAGAACAGGUUUAUUUCUUGGCUAGCAAUCCAAUCCAGGUUGCAAACUACAGCUAAAAUGGCUAAAAUUGGUAUCAGUAGCUCUGCAAGCUAA